AGGUUGUAUUGAUCAUGGACACUGAAGAAAUCCCGACUUUUUCGAGUCUAAAGGAGGAAACUGCAUAUUGGAAAGAGCUUUCCUUGAAGUACAAACAAAGCUUCCAGGAAGCUCGUGAAGAGCUGGCUGAAUUUCAGGAGGGAAGCAGAGAAUUAGAAGCUGAGUUGGAGGCACAGCUAGUGCAAGCUGAGCAAAGGAAUAGAGAUUUGCAAGCAGAUAACCAAAGACUGAAGUAUGAAGUGGAAACGUUAAAGGAGAAACUGGAGCACCAGUAUGCACAAAGUUACAAGCAAGUGUCGUUGUUAGAGGAUGACCUGAGCCAGACACGGGCCAUUAAAGAUCAGCUGCAUAAGUAUGUGAGGGAGCUGGAGCAGGCCAAUGAUGACUUGGAACGUGCAAAGAGGGCAACAAUAGUUUCAUUGGAAGACUUUGAACAAAGGCUGAACCAAGCUAUUGAGAGAAAUGCAUUUUUAGAAAGUGAACUGGAUGACAAGGAAUCGUUGCUAGUUUCUGUACAGAGAUUAAAGGAUGAAGCAAGAGAUUUACGGCAAGAGCUAGCAGUACGGGAAAGACAACAAGAAGUCACUCGAAAGUCAGCACCCAGUUCUCCGACUCUAGACUGUGAAAAGAUGGAUUCGGCUGUCCAGGCGUCUCUCUCCUUGCCAGCUACGCCCGUUGGAAAAGGAUCAGAAAACAGUUUUCCUUCCCCAAAAGCUAUACCAAAUGGAUUUGGUACCAGCCCCCUUACUCCUUCAGCUAGAAUAUCUGCACUCAACAUUGUGGGAGAUCUGUUACGGAAAGUGGGGGCCUUAGAAUCCAAAUUAGCUGCUUGCAGAAAUUUUGCAAAGGACCAGGCAUCACGGAAAUCCUACAUUUCAGGGAACGUUAACAGCGGCAUGAUGAAUAGCAAUGGCACAAAGUACCCUCAUCCAGGGCAUACUUCUUUCUUCGACAAAGGGGCAGUAAACGGCUUUGAUCAAGGUCCCCCUGGACUGGGAGCCUCUCGACCAUCCUCAGCGCCUGGCAUGCUUCCCCUGAGCGUAUGAGCCCGCGGGAGGUCGUGUUCGGACUUGCGGAUGCUUUUCUCAGCCCACCAAGAGAAGAACUGCUCCCGAUUCCUCCCCCUGCCCACCCCGCUGGAACACGACCCACACCGUGCUGCCAGAGGAGACCCUGUGCUCACGGCCCUUCAUGUCAUGUUAAUACAAUUUAUUUUCUCCUGUUGCUGUAGCGGACGUUCUCUGACUUGGCCCCACACCCUGUGCCGUACAAGCUGAGACACGCAGUGCUCUGUUUCAGAGGAUGCAGGAGUCUUGCUCGCCAAACCUUGGCCAGGCGGUCCUCAGCCCCUUGCUUUAUCUCUUCUCUAACUUAGGUUUGGCAUGAUACAAAGGUUGGCCACUCCUCUUAAAGGCUCCCCUUUUCCCUGCCUGAUCCAGCAUCCUGCUGCUUAGGACGUGCAGCUGCUGCCCUCCCAGUAAGGCUCCAACCUCUUGAAGAGGCCCCGGGUGAGGCUGUGCGAUGGCACUUUGGACAUUUGCGCCUGGGAAUCGGGGCCAGGUACGUGACUCAGUUACUGCAGCUUAAUAAACUACUGCCGGGCAGGCGCGUGGCUGUUGUUGCUGGUGCGUGUCCCCCUCCUGCCUCAUGUUGGAGCGGGCAGGGGAGGAUGAGCAUGUCCGGCAGCCCUGCCUGUACAGCCCCAGCUCCAGCA